AUGUCCCACAACGCCGCCUGUGUCGCUGCCUCCCCAUGGUCCUCCUUGGGCUGGCGCGUGGCGACUCACUCUGGAUGGGUACAUCUGAGGCACGACGAUGACUGGGUUGGUCCGCGUUACAGUGCUGAACUUGAGGUUCUGGUGAUGGGGGGAGCAGCAGCAGCAGGAGGAGGAGGAGGAGGAGGAGGAGAGGAGGAGGAGGAGGAGGAGGAGGAGGAGGAGGAGGAGGAGGAGGAGGAGGAGGAGGAGGAGGAGGAGGAGGAGGAGGAGGAGGAGGAAGACGCACCAUUAGUUAGUGCAGCAGGAAAGGGACUACUUUCUUCAGCGAUUACUUAG